UCUUAUCCAUUCUCGUAAAAUCUCCAUUGCUCUCUCAAGAAACAAAGAAAAAAAAAAUGAUGUCAUCAAUGGCACUCCACUCAUCUCUCUCGUCUGCUUCCCUCUGCUCUUCUUUCAUCUCUCAACAUCCAAAACUCUCCAUCAAAGCUUCACCCUCGUUCCUUAACCAGUCCACCAAUCCCAUUUCUCUAAACCGGAGAACCGUGGCUCUUGCAGCUCCAGAGACACUCACUUCUGAACCAGUCACCGGCAUUGAUACUUCCGACACUCCACAACCAAAAAAGGUGGUGAAUCAACAAGAUGAGAAGGCAAGAGUGGUUCUUAAGUUUGUGUGGAUGGAGAAGAACAUAGGAUUAGGAUUGGACCAGCAUGUCCCUGGACAUGGGACAAUCCCACUGAGUCCUUACUUCUUCUGGCCAAGAAAAGAUGCUUGGGAAGAGCUCAAGACUACUCUCGAAGCUAAGCCAUGGAUCUCUCAGAAGAAGAUGAUUAUUCUCCUUAAUCAAGCUACUGACAUCAUCAAUCUCUGGCAACAAAGUGGCGGCAAUUUAACUUCCCAAUAAAUCGUUUUUUUUUCUGCAAUUCAAGAAUUCAGAACUUUUUUUUGUUUUCCUUUGUCUAUGAUAAUUUGCUAUUGAGAGUUAUUUGUUACCAUCAUAUCUAAAACAUUAUCCCAUCUUAUUGACAUCAUA